CGAGUCGGCCGCCCCGAAAUCCCCACCCAGAUAUUUGCCCGGCCUCUCCGCCCGCCAUGACCAGCCACAAGCCCAUAACACCUCAUCCGUCCACCUCCGGCCGCGGAUCCGCGAGCAGCCACCGUCUCCCCGUCUUGAGCUCUGACAUGCCCGUUGGACUUCUACGGUGCCACUGUACCGUAUCGCCGUGACGCUCGCCUGCGAGCCGAUAGGAGGAGGAGGAGGCUCGGAUCGAGAUGUCUGCACCAAUGGUCAGCGCGACCAUGUGGGUGAUGAACCCCCUCAUCGGCAAGCUCGCCGUGCUGGUGGGCGACGAGUACAAGAAGCUCACAGGAGUGAGGAGACAGGCCUCGUUCCUCAAGGAUGAGCUUAGCACCAUGAAAGCUCUCCUCGAGAAGCUUGAGAUGAUGGACGACCUCGAUCCCUUGGCCAAAAACUGGAGAGACCAUGUCAGGGAGAUGUCCUACGACAUGGAGAAUUGCAUCGACGACUUCAUACACGAUCUUGGAGGUAACGAUGUGAAAGCAGGAUUCAUCAAGAAGGCGGCUAAACAUCUCAAGACGUUACGGAAGCGUCAUCGCAUCGCUGAUCGGAUGGAGGAGCUCAAGCUCCUUGCCAUACAGGCAAAUGAACGACGCAUGAGGUACAAGAUUGAUGAUUGCAUCAGUCCUACUACUGGCAUUAUUCCUGUCAAUCCUCGCAUGUCGGCAAUAUACAAGGACGCAGCGGAACUUGUUGGUAUGGAUGGCCCCAAGAAAAAUCUUCUAUGUUGGUUGGCCGAUAGCCAGAGAAACCUCAAGGUGGUGUCCAUCGUGGGAUUUGGAGGGGUCGGUAAGACUACACUUGCCAAACAAGUGUAUGAUGAGAUUGGUGGGCAAUUCAGUUGUAAGGCAUUUAUGUCAGUUUCACAAAGACCUGAUCUGACACGCCUCCUUAGUGGCCUACAACUGAAGCUGGGGAUGAAGGAGGAGUCAUCUCCCCAUUCUGAGGUGCAAGACAUCAUUGACAGUCUUAGAGGGCAUCUCACACAUAAUAGGUAUCUUAUCGUUGUUGAUGACUUGUGGAAUCAAUCAAUGUGGAAUACUUUGAGUUGUGCCUUUCCAGAAGUGGGAAAUGGAAGUAGAGUAAUAGUAACAACGCGAGUGGAGGAUGUAGCAAUUGGGGUGUGUCAAAAUGACCGCGGCUGUGUUUACAGAAUGAAACCCCUCAAAGAACAUGACUCAAGAUUGUUAUUUUUUAAAAGAGUAUUUGAGAGAGAAGAUAGGUGUCCACCUGAGUUUAAAGAAAUUUCAGCUGAAAUUUUGAAGAAGUGUGGAGGAUUGCCACUGGCAAUCAUCACUAUAGCUAGCCUGUUAGCCAAUAGUCAAGCAAGAUCAAAGAAUGAGUGGGAGAGUAUAAGAAAUUCUUUGGGUGCAAACUUUGCUAAAAAUCCCACCCUGGAAGAGAUGAGGAGUAUACUUAACCUUAGCUACAUGAAUCUUCCUCUUCAUCUCCGUCCAUGUCUCUUGUAUAUUGGCAUGUAUCCAGAAGACCAGGAGAUCAGGAGGGCUGAUCUGGUUCGACAAUGGGUAGCUGAAGGCAUUGUUAGUACUUCUCAUGGAUCAGAUUUGGAGAAUGUUGCAAAGAGUUAUUUCAAUGAACUUAUCAAUAGAAGUCUGAUUCAGCCUGGAGAAACCAUAUGCUAUGAGGAGGUGGUGUCUUGCAGAGUACACGACAUGAUGCUUGAUUUGAUUCUGAGCAAGUGUGUGGAAGAGAAUUUUAUCAGUGUGGCAUAUAAUUGUGAAGACGUGGCAAGAAUGCAUGGUUGUGAGUACAAGGUUCGUCGAUUGUCCUUGACAUCAAGCGCCAGUAGUGCAACAUCUGGUAUCGUUGAUACUAGACUGUCACAAGUGCGCUCAUUUGCACAGUUUGGAGAUCCCAAGUACCCAAUCCCUCUUUUGCUAUUUAAGUACCUUCGGGUGCUACUGCUUCAGUUCUCAAGUCAAGAAACACCAUACGAUAAGGUUAUGAAAGUGGAUCUCACUCCUAUUGGUAGAUUAUUUCAAUUAAGGUAUCUGAAGGUAACAGCGUUGGGCUGCCGCAUAGAUCUCCCAACUGAAAUUCGAGAGCUUGUUUAUUUGGAGACGCUCGCAAUACGUGGUCCCUCACGACUAGCCAUUCCGUCAGAUAUAGUUUCCUUGCCACGCUUAUCAUGCAUGAUUCUUCCAGGCGGCACAGGACUGCCCCACGGGAUCGAGAACAUGAAAUCAUUGUGCAUUGUGCAUUGCCUUAAUCUAGGGUGGAGCUCGCUAAACGAUAUUAAGGGUCUUGGUGAGCUGGCCAAUCUAAAGGAGUUGAGGCUCUCCAGGAGUCAUAGUUAUAAGUGGGGUGACAAUGUGGUGGCACAGGUUGAUGCUUUGGUCUCCUCAAUUAGAAAGCUUCAUGAGCUCAGAUUCCUCACCUGCGAUUUCACGACUCCUAAAUGCGAUGACGAUCAACUGUACUCAUUAUCCAACCCUCCUCUCUAUAUGGAUCAGCUUCAUCUACCAAAAUGGCUGCUGAAGGGAGUUCCUAAAUGGAUUGGUAACCUGUGUUGCCUCCGUGGCCUCUCCCUACGUGUUGAGCACUUGUCGACUGAUGAGGUUCAUGCUGUUGGAAAGCUGCCCUCCCUCGUUUGGCUCAGUCUCAAGGUGUUGUGUAUUCCUAAAGAUACUGCUGCUGUUAGAAUAAGGAGGGGAUUAUUCCCAGUUCUAGAGUACCUUGCUCUCCGCUCUACUGAAGAUGGUGAUGGUACGGCAUGCAUGGAGUUUGAGGCAGGUGCUAUGCCUAAGGUACGAAGGCUCCAUUUAGGGUUGCGUGAUGAGUGGGGUGGUGUUCCGCCAGUCGGCUUGGAGCACCUAUCAGCCCUCGAGCAAAUCCAUGUAAAUAAAAGUUUGUCCAUCCAUGAGUACAGUGAUGUCGAGGCGGUCUUCACGAAAGCCGCACAGGUGCACCCAAGAUGUCCUUCCGUCAGUCGGUCCUAUAUGACAGUGCUGAUGAGUAUGCCUUAUUUUGACUUGUAACUUGAACCACCCUUUGCUAUUUCACUCUAUUCAUUCUUCCCAUGCAUGUUAAGAAAACAUCACAUUUUCCUGUUUCAUUGUAUUUGCCAUGUAUGCGCUUCGUUUAUAAAGAAUGUCCCGUAAUAA